GUACAUUCUGUGCAUCACUCCAACUGUAACGAAAAGUCUACAAAUUAAAUUACAAAAUUUGACUUUCUCUUUGUCUAAAUAGCAUAAGAAAAGUAAAAGUUUCGGGCAUCGAUGUCGAUAUCAUUAAAAUUUUGGCUUAUUCACUGUUGUUUUGCAGCGUUUUUGCUGCUCGCACAAAAUGUCAACAGCCUCUCGAACACCAACAGUCAUCACAAACCAAGGAAGCCGUCGAAAUUACCAAUAAACCUAUCUAAUUUGACAUUUGAGGACGGAGGCUACACAAUGCUGGUUACGGGUGGCUAUACUAUCCCAAUGUCUAGACUACAGACACACAUCGUAUCCAUACGUACCACCCGAGCGACUGCAUACUUCGGAGAUAAUCACUUUUGUUGUGGCACGAUAAUAUCCAGCAAUUUAAUAUUGACCGCCGCGCAUUGUGUUAUUGAUCGUCGUAAGAUCAUUACACGCCAACAUCGUCUUGUCGUAGUCGCUGGUGCACCGAAUCGUUUAGUCAAACAAAAAACAACGAUAGAAAUGCAAGUGCUCGCUGUGAGGCCUCAUCAUAAAUUUAUACGAGAAGGUGCACACGAUAUAGCAAUAUUGCGUCUGGCCAGAAGUUUUCCCGAUGACAAUGAUUCUAUUAAAGUAAUUCCACUGUUUAAGGGUAAAAUACCAAAUGGUACCGUGUGUCGUAUCAUUGGUUGGGGUCGUGUAUUUGAUCGUGGUCCCUAUUCAGCUCAUCCUAUACAUGGCGCUGUAACGGUAUUUUCGUAUGAUUAUUGUAAAAAAUUUUAUCCAGAUAUAUUUGAUGAGACAAUGAUUUGUGCUGGCAAAAAAGACACAUGGGAUGUGGACACGUGUCGCGGCGACUCGGGUGGUCCAUUAAUUUGUCGUGGUCAAGUGGCCGCCGUUGUUUCUUGGGGCUCAUAUUGUGGAACAGCGAAUAAACCAACUGUAUUUUCCAGUAUAUAUCAUCAUCGUGAUUGGAUCAGAGUGACAAGCGGUACAAAAGUUGUAAAAAGUCUAAAUGCACUGUAUUUGUUAUUAUAUAUCCUAUGUAUACAUAUAUAUUUUUGAUAUUAUUAUAUAUAU